GUUAUUUGUAUGUUGUCCAUAAUAGCAUCCAGUGCAUUGAUUGAAUUUUGGACCUGUACAUUAAAUGCAAGAAGGAUAGCAUUAUAGACUUGAUAUGAUAAAAUUCCUAAUUGAAACUUACCCUGUAUUUGUAUUUGAGAUAUUUAAUUGAGCUUGCCCUGAAGUUGAGCUUGUUGAUUCAAUUGUAAAAUUAACAGUUCUGACGUCAGCAGAAAUAUUAUCACAAAAUUAAGAUGUUAAUAGAUAAUUUGCAGGUGACGUAUAGGUAUAUGAGUAUGAAAAUUAUCCGAAAACAAUGGUAAUAAUUUGAGAUGACCACG